UUGUUGUCGACGAGCUGCCAGAGUUUUAUUGUAGCGCGGGAAAUAUGUUGUUCGCCGCCGCCGCCGCCGCCGCCGCCGCCGCCGCAAAGUGUCAGGACAGCGAGAGCUCCCGAUCUUUCACUGCUCUGCGAGGAGCAGGAGUAACACACAUGAACCCGCUGAAAAUCCACGGCUCCAACCUUGCCUGCCACCAGCUCUACGAUUAUGUAGUAACCAAGCCUUAAUUUAUCCAGCGGACCAGCCUCUCGAAAAUGAAAUAAAGUCGCAGCUUUAUCAUCCGAGACUGUACCUUCAGCAGCAGAUGAUCCCGUGUGUUUGGUCUUUCGCGAUAUGCAGAGCGUGUCUACUAGCCCAGCAGCCGCAGUGUAAAUUGGAGGAAUGAUUCACAAGAGCAAGAGCAUCCGAGUGGUUGAACACGACAAGCGUCACGGCUCAGCGAAAUGGCGAUCGGCAGCGUGAUCUGCGGAGCUAACACUCCGAAAACCAAACGAAAGAAAACAAAGACGACGGAACGAAGCUGGAUCGAGGCCACCUUCCAGAAGCGAGAAUGCACGAAAUUCAUACCGAGUGCCAAGGACGAGCACCGGUUACAAGAAGUACACGGCGAUAAGAAUGCAGAAUACGAUGUGAUCACUACUUCAAGGUGCUGCUGCGGCCACUCGUACACGCACCACUGCGGCACCGGCGCGGAUGUCCAGAGCUUCGCGAGCAGUGCCGCGGCCGAGGCCGAGAGGGACGAGUGGAGCCCGGGAAAGAACACCAAGCACUGUCCGACCGAUGCCUACGGAACCAUCGAGUUCCAGGGUCUGCCGCAUCCCACCAAGGCUCAGUACGUUAGGCUAGCCCACGACACGAAGCCGGAGCCCAUCGUCCAGCUGCUCUGUCGGGAGUGGAACCUCGGCCUGCCGAAGCUCCUGAUCACGGUGCACGGCGGCCGCUCCAACUUCGAGCUCCAGCCCACCCUCAAGAAGGUCCUGCGCAAGGGCUUGCUCAAGGCCGCGAAGACCACCGGCGCCUGGAUCUUCACCGGCGGCACCAACACGGGAGUCACCAGGCAGGUCGGAGACGCUCUGCUCUUGGAACGAUCGCAGAGGCAGGGUCGAGUCGUCAGCAUCGGUAUCGCUCCCUGGGGCAUCCUCGAGAAGAGCCACGAGCUUAUCGGCCGCGGGAGAGAGGUCCCCUACGACUCGCUCGCCUCGCCAUGGUCGAAAUUCGCCGUGCUGAACAAUCGACACGCGUACUUUUUGCUGGUCGACAAUGGGACUGGAGGUCGCUACGGCGCCGAAAUCGUCCUCAGGAGGAAGCUCGAGAAGUAUAUAUCGAACCUAAAGCUGCAGCCAUACACGCACAGCAGUAUUCCCGUGGUAGCCUUAGUAAUCGAGGGUGGAACCAACACGAUACGCUCCGUUCUGGAAUACGUGACGGACGAGCCACCCGUGCCCGUAGUCGUCUGCGAUGGCUCCGGCCGUGCAGCGGAUCUUAUUGCUUUUAUGCACAAAUAUGCCUCUGAAAAUGAAAGCGAAGAGGAGGAGGGACCACUCGAAAGUAUGAGGGACCACCUGCUGGACACGAUAAAGCGGACGUUUAAAGUCUCUCCGGAGCAGGCGAAUCAGCUGUACUCGGAGCUGCUCCAGUGCGUGCGUCGAAAGCACCUGAUCACCGUCUUCAGGAUAUCCCAGGACCAACCGCAGGAGCUCGAUCAAACCAUCCUCACGGCGCUCUUCAAAUCCCAGCAACUCUCGCCUGCCGAGCAACUCUCCCUCGCGCUGAUUUGGAACCGAGUCGACAUCGCGCGCAGCGAGAUCUUCGUCUACGGGCAAAAGUGGCCGCCUGGCGCCCUCGAGCAGUCGAUGAUGCAGGCGUUGCAGCAUGACCGCAUCGACUUCGUCAAGCUGCUACUUGAGAACGGCGUCUCCAUGCGCAAGUUUCUCUCUAUUCCGCGCCUUGAGGAGCUUUAUAACACGAAAGAAGGCCCAUCCAACACCUUGGGCUACAUCCUGCGGGACGUCCGACCGCACAUCCCGCGCGGAUACAUGUAUACCCUUCACGACAUCGGUCUCGUGAUUAACAAACUCAUGGGCGGCGCUUACCGCUCGCAGUACACGCGUAAGGAGUUCCGUUUCCUCUACACGCGCGUCAUGAAGCGCUCCGGUGGCUACCAGCAACAUCACGCGCACCGAAACAGUUGCGCCAUAGCCCUCAACAGCCGCUCGUUCUCUGGCUCCGGAGGAAAGUCUACCAUGAGUCUCUUGGCCGAGACGAUACCCGCAACUCAAGAAACCGCGCUGUUCGACUAUCCUUACAAUGAAUUGUUGAUUUGGUCGGUCCUGACCAAAAGACAGCAUAUGGCUUUGCUUAUGUGGCAGCACGGAGAAGAGGCUUUAGCUAAAGCUCUUGUAGCUUUAAAACUCUAUAAGGCGAUGGCGCAUGAAGCUGCUGAAGACGAUUUGGAAACAGAAGUUUACGAUGAGCUCAAGGGAUAUGGCAAGGAAUUUGAGAAUAUCGCCCUGGAAUUGCUGGACUACUGUUACCGCCAGGACGACGAUCAAACUCAACAGUUACUGACGUCGGAACUAAAGAACUGGUCUGGCCAAACGUGCCUUUCUCUCGCGGUGACCGCCAAUCAUCGGGCUCUCCUCGCUCACCCCUGCAGUCAGAUUAUCCUCGCAGAUCUCUGGAUGGGUGGACUUCGCACUCGCAAGAGUACCAAUUUCAAGGUGAUACUGGGACUGUUCUGUCCGGUCUACAUAACGCAACUGGAAUUCAAGAGCCGGGAGGAGCUGCAAUUGAUGCCCCAGACAGCUGAGGAGCAUCUUAUCGCCCUCGAAGACGAGAACGAAGACAGCGAGUCAGAGCAUGGAACACCUACCGGACCUGAUGUCGAGAAACGUCCACCGUGCAGGAGCCUGAGCAUUCGUGGCAAAGCCAAGAGCCAGCAGGGGGCCAAGGCACUGAUUGGCAACGAGCACGGCCUGGGCAGCGCCGCGCCCAAGGAGACGAUUGUCCACGAGAACGGCAAGGUCUUGACGGAUAACGACGAAGGAAAUCAUCGGGCCUACGGGAUACUGUCCGAGUACUACGACAAUAAGAAUAGCAGGCCACUAAGACUGAAGAAGAAACUUUACGAGUUUUACACGGCGCCGAUCACCAAGUUUUGGGCCAAUGCUAUAGCCUACGUCAUAUUCCUGCUGCUAUUCUCCUACUCGAUUUUGGUGCGCAUGGGCGACGUGCCCUCGUGGGCGGAAAUCUAUGCGAUCGCCUACAUCUGCACAAUGGGCUGCGAGAAGGUGCGCGAAAUCGCGACCUCCGAGCCCGUCGCACUCUCGCACAAGUUCAGCGUUUGGGCCUGGAACAUGUGGAACCCCUGCGACGCUGCGGCCAUCAUCUUCUUCAUCAUUGGAUUAGUGCUGAGACUCAGGCCUUCGACUUUCGACGUCGGCAGGACCAUCUAUUGUGUCGACUGUAUGUACUGGUAUCUCCGGAUGCUCAAUAUUCUUGGCGUGAAUAAGUACCUUGGUCCAUUGGUCACCAUGAUGGGAAAAAUGGUGAAGAACAUGAUAUACUUCGUGGUGCUUUUGCUAGUGGUAUUGAUGAGUUUCGGUGUCGCCAGACAAGCCAUUCUGAACCCCAACGCCGAGCCCAACUGGAGGAUUAUCAGAGACGUGUUCAUGGAACCGUACUUUAUGCUGUACGGUGAGGUGUACGCUGAUCAAAUCGAUCCAGACUGCGACAACAACCCGGGUAUGGAGCCAUGCUUACCCGGCCGCUGGAUUACUCCGGCAGCCAUGUCGGUUUAUCUAUUGGUGGCGAAUAUCUUGUUGAUAAAUCUGCUCAUCGCCGUCUUCAAUAACAUCUUUAUCGAGGUGAACGCAGUGGCCCAUCAAGUUUGGAUGUUUCAGAGAUUUACUGUGGUUAUGGAGUACGAGCAGAAACCCGUGCUACCGCCGCCGCUCAUUGUCGUUUCUCAUCUUUAUCUUAUUAUUAGAUACAUAUUGAGGUACGUGACACAGGGCCGCUUGCAAUCGGGCGAAACGAGUGACAACGGGCUCAAGCUUUUCCUCGAAGCUGACGAUAAGGAGCGACUCUACGACUUCGAGGAAGACUGCGUUGAAGGCUACUUCCGUGAGCAGGAACUCAAGCUGCAGAUGUCUACCGAGGAGCGGGUCAAGGUCACCACUGAGCGCGUUGAAAACAUGCACCAGAAGAUCGAAGAUAUCGACAAGAAAGAAAGCAAUCAGUCAUCUUCUUUACAGACUGUAGAGUUUCGCAUUCGCAAGCUCGAGGAGUUAAACGAACAGACCCUGGCGCAUCUUGGGGUAAUCCACCGUUUCAUGGCAACUUACAUGCCAGUUGGUGGAGGAGGAGCUGGCGGUGGCGGUGGUCCUGGAAAUGAAAACAGUAGCAGCACCGAAGCGCUUCGGCACUUGGACGUAGAACUCAUACGACCUCGCCGGGUAUCGGAACGUUCUGAGGCUGGAAUGUCGGAAUCGGAUUCGCACGCGCAAUUACCUUGCAUCCCAUUGCGACGCAAAAAGCUCAUCCGCGCAAUGACCGAUGCCGCCUAUAUGAACAUGGCAGCUGGUGGCCUCGUGGGUCAACAGCAGCAUCGAGAGCAGCUCCAGGAACAGAUGGAACAAGACGAGGCGACAGAUUUGAAUAGAGCGGUUGAAGCCAUGGUUGGGGACAAUCUCAGCAGAAACGGCUCGUCAGUCAGCGGGGAAAUUGCGACGUUGCAGGACGAAUCCAAGGAAAAUACAAGUCACGAUGAAAGCGAUCUGAGCAAAGCUGUAGGAGAGUUAAAAGACUUGAAAGCAGAGAAAUCCGAUGAUCGCGAUACAUCUGGCGAUGUCACAGCCACCACUGAUUCUCGCCAAGACUCCGUUGAGAAGUCCAGCCGUCAGAACAGCCGUACGCGUUCGGAAUCACUUGCAGAUGAUGCAGCGGCUGCUGCAGCCAUAGCUGCGAGCGUUUCGGGUGUAGUCGUACCGUCAGCAAGCUUUCAACGGGGUGUAACAUGGGCCGAGCCUCGCGUCGCCGUCAUUCAAUCCUCGGGCUCGAGCAAUUCGCGGUCACUCCUGCUAGCUAUGCGAGCCGAAUACACAAGUAUCACUGACGAAUUAGAGAGCUACUGCGGACUGCUAAGCCCACCUAGAACACCGCCUGUUUCGCCACCUCCCUGUAGAGUCAGAAGUGUUUCAGAAAGAAGUAACCAGAACCCUGUAGAGAUAGCCUGGCAGAUUGAAAAUGAACAUCUUAGAGAUGCCGAAGAGUGCGAUUAUCAGCAGAUGGAGGAUCUGAUUCAGAGGAGAAGAUCAUCUUUCCACAGGUACCAUAUUAGUGAUGAAGAAGACAGCAGCCACGACGAUCCGGCAGUAGUAAACACCACGUCCUUCUUCAUCAGCAGCGAACACCAUCCACGUCUGCGUCGCGCAUCGGCUAUCGACGAGGAUACAACAACGCGUCGUCGUUGCCAUCGGUCUCCACCUUCCAUCAAUGUCACUCGUGAGAUCGAGCAGACGCUUGCGCGACCCGCCGCUACUCGUGAUUCCGCCGAGUCGGAUCCUAAUGAUAAGGGAAUGAGCGGUGUUGCUGCCCCUGCUUCCGAGACUAUGUGCUAAGUUGUUCCAUUUAGUCAGGUUGAUGAUGAAGUGGGAAGGUUUCUUCAAAGGAGAUUAUUUAUUUCCAUAUACUUUAAAGUGCAGUGUGCAUAAAAAUGACAUCUCGAGAGUGAAAUUCGAUCGUUUCGAGUCGGGGUAAAAUUUCGAAAUAGUACAUUACUAUACGUGUGACCUAACGCGAUAAAACACCGUGCAAUAAAGGGCUACUUAGGUCACGGAUAGGCGUUACAUAAACGCGGAUUUAUGCCACGCAGUGCUAUAAAAUAAAUUCAAAGAUAGCAUAUUACGCAUACUUUGUGAAGUCUUAUCUCGGACUUCUUUCAUGCAACCUCAUUUUAAGAAUAAAAUUAAUUAUUACAUAUAUUGCACUCGGUAAAGAGAACACCCAAUGAACUAAAAGUCGUUAAACAAGCUAGAUGAUUUUCUUUAAAGAAACACUCACCAUUCGCACUAAUUACUUCACAGACGUUCCAUCUUUGAGAUUGAUUUUGUGUGUAUGUUUGCAUACGAAGAAAAUUGAACUAGCUGAGGUGUAAGGAAACCAAUCGCCUAUGUGAUAGACAUACGCAAUAGCAUACAUAAUUCCACGUCGAUGGAAAAUUGCGCAACUUUAGACAGAUCGUCAAAGUUUCACUCUGCCACUUUUUGCUGAAUAUGUAGUUGUACUACGUUGUUGUAAUGUGCGGUAAAACAAUCAAUGGUGCAUCUUAUCGAAGAUUAAGUCACCGCCUAUAUUUAAAUUGAAUUGCGCAAUUUCUAUUACCCUCGUAGAUCGAGAAACUCAUGCUUAUCACAGUCGAUAGAAGAGAAUAAAUUCCACUUUUUUACCUGAUGGGAGCGUGGUAAUAAUUCGAAUGAGGACUUGUUGAUUUCUGAAGCAACCUAUAUCAGAGUUUUAAAAUGCGCAAAUUAGUUUACAACGAUUCCACAUAUGGCGAAACAGUUUCAACAAAUCGCAUGGAAUAACGACAAAAAUGAAACUUAAAAAAAAACACAAAGUUUUAAAAAACGAUUAUGUAGAACCGAAGGACACGAUAUUCAUCAAAUUCCGGAAUGAAAUUUAUCUAUACUUCGUGUACGAUUGUAUAUAAAUAUUUUCUUCGGGAGUGUGCAAAACUUAACUAAAUCUAUUGCCUAAGAUUUAUCCAAUUUAUUAAGGUACUUAGAAUAUUUGACUAAGAGAAAACGAUUCGGCUAUUUGCCCUCGUUUGAUCGGGACAUAAACUAGACAAGUAGAUUUUUAUUAACUUUGAGCUAUUCGUUACUUAAAACCGAAGACUUUACGUCGAUCGGUCUUUUACAAUUUACAUUGUUUAUUUUAUUGUUGUUUUCACAACAAAAAUCUACGUGAUCAAUUACUUAAUGUCAUAGUUUGUCUUUGCUAUAAAUGAUUUUUUAAAGAAAUUGUUGACGAUAAAAUAAAUGCACCAUUAGCUUAUGAAUGCCCCAAAAAGUUAUACGCGCGCGACUUGCAUAUUUCAUGUAAAUAAACGAAAUCAAAUACUGCACGAAAAGAUUGUUUGGCGCCGAUUCUUUUGAGACGUUCAACUAGAUGAACUAGAUGCUGAUGGUGAAUUACAAUAAAUUUACUCGUUGCUAAGCCGAACUGAUAUUUCCAGCCCUAGUGCUUGGUACUGAUUUACUAAACACCAAGAGUGAUCUCUAGUAGAUCGAUGACGACUUUUUCGAGGCUUUUAUAGUUUUAAUUUUAUCAUUUUGUAGUAUAUUAUUAUAUGCGCAUCGUCAGCAUGUAUAUAAUCAAUUUAGUCGAAUUUAUAGAAAUGAAUGAAAUAUAUCAUUUGAACUGCAUAUUGAUUGAUUUUUAGUGUAUCAAAAUAUUUAAACAUUUACUACAUAAUAUAAAGCUUAUUUUGAUGCACCAAAAGUCGGUUUGAAAGCGAUUGUUGAUGAAAAUAAUUUUAAACGCAAGGGAUUGUGUGUCUUACGUCCUGUAACGAUGAAGUGUACACCACAUCGAAUCUAUAAUGUAUAAAAGCAUACGGAAAAGUAACAAGGAAAGCAAAAUAUUUUGUGCGAUUGAGCCAAGAAUGCUAUUUUUAUCUAUAAUGCGGCAUAUUUAUUAAAUUAAAAAAAAUGAAAUUUGCGUAGAGUAAAGUAAGGCAACAGAAACAACCUGUAUGAAAUUUUGUCCCGUGGCGAGUGUCAAAGUCCUUUUAAUCAAACAAAUGGAAAUAUGCGUGAUACUCAAAUUCUUUCGACUUGAUUUAGUAAAAUGCUUCGCUAAAACGAAAGAGUAUUUACAAGGACCAUACAUUCGUCCAUAUCACGCGCGGUGAAUGAAGUAUAUAAAACAUAUUCCCCACGUAUAAAAAGGACUGCGCCAAAAUCUGUGUUAUAUAAAACUUAGGAUGAAUUUGCCGAAUAUAAUACCGGCCAAGAGAAGAAAUUAUAUUUAAUUAUCUUGAGGUAUAACAUUUGCAUGAAUUUGAUUUAUAUGUUUUGUAUACGUAAUUGUAUGUCACACUAUCACAUGAUACUGUCAGCACUAUUCUAUGCAUGUGUGUGUGUGCGCGCGUGUGUGUGUGUGUGAGAGAGAGAGAGAGAAUCGUAAUGUAACAAUUAGAUUUUUUCAACGGUAUAAUGUUGAGUAAUAAUAUAUUCCAUAAUAUUAUUUGUAGUCAAUUGAUUCAUAUUCACGAACGCUGGAGAUGUUAUCACAUCCAAAGAUCAUUGCUACUUUGAUCCCUCAAAAAUCAUAAAAAUCAAUUUUUUAAGAGGACAGUAUGUUUAUUUGUCUGAAUAUGUUUCAUACGUAAUUUUAUAUAAUUUUUUCUCGGGCGACAUUGGAUAAUUGUAAAUAUAUAGCGUUUAUUAUUGUAAACGAAGUAUCAAAUCAAACGUUCAAGCAGGCCUGAACACUCUUCCUUCAGAAUGUAAUGAUAAUAUUUUAUCAAGACAUAAUAUUUUACCAUCGUGUAGCCAAUUUAGAGGAAUUUCUUCAAGUUUAGCGAUUUUCAGGGUAAAAACAAUAGAUGUACUGUGAAAUUAAAAAAGAAGAGAGCAUAAUGACGAUUAUAGAAUUCUUCUAAAUUUCCAUAAUGCAUCAAAUGUUUUUUAUUUAAAAUAGAAUUUUAAAGAAAUUUCUCUAUUAAAAAAAAAAACGGAAAAUAUGUGAACAAUAAUAACGCAAAUCGCUUUGGUUUAUAAUUUUCAUCCCUCUUCUUUUGAGUUAUAAGAGUGUAUUUUCGUGCAUAUAUGAGAUAAGUAAAAAUGAAAGAAAUAAAAAUAAUCGAGAAAUCUCGUGCUUGAUAGUUGAGAUAUAUAUUUAUUGAUAAUGCUAUCAUUAAAAAAGCGAUUCUCGAGAAAGGCCUAAUAAAGAAAGAGUAAAAUAUGUGUCAUAUCUUUGUGAAAAAUGCCGAGAAAAGUAUACAAACUGGACACACCGCCGAGCGGAGGUAGCUUUCGACGAACGACAAUAUAUUUUUUCCAAUUCGUCGCAAAUUACUUCUACCACGGAUAUCGAUAUAAUCACCACCCAUUUCCAAUCUCUCUUGGAUUGCAUAUUACAUUGUCUAGUCAGUAAAAAAAUUUGCGAAUUACACACGUUCAUCAGGAUAACUAUUGUUUUUUCGCUUUUCGUGUAUGUUUCCUGUGUAACGCCGUCAUAAAGUGCAUGUUUACUACAACAUUAAUGAAAUGAUUAUUUACCAAACUCAUUUGUGUUUCACAAUUUUCCCAAGUAAAUUACAACAAAUCCAAGCAAUAUUCGUAUACUAUUCGUCGUGCAUGCCAAUAAAUAAUUGUACGAAAUGUCUGAUAAAUGGAGAUGAAAUGAAAAGCAAUACGAGCUCUGCGAAGCAUGCCAAACAUCUCGAUUCUCUUUUGCCAAUCAUUCCCCGUUUAUUUAGUACACGCUGCAUCAGUCUCUAAUCUCAUUUUUCGUGCAUAUGGCCUCCUACGCAUGUAUGUAUGUACUUUAAAUUAGACCGAAAUGCAUUUAUGUCAUUUCAACUUGUCGACACUGUACACUCGAUGUAUAAUGCGAUGCUAUUCUAAAGUUUAAGGUAAACAAUUCUGACUGACUGUACUUAUAUAAUUAUGGUUAUAUGCACUUAUUAUCUUAUGAAAAGAAAAACUUAAUCGUACCGCGACUCUCUAAGUCCACUAUAUUACGUACCGAUUACCUAAAUCCGGUUGACGAAGCUUUCAAAGUUUUACUCGGUGCUUGCAAGACUAACCAAACGAUCGCCGAGCACGUUAAUUCUAAACUGUGAGGAGAUUCUGUCUACCAUCUCGUAAUUUUCUAAAUCGUGUUUUAAUUUGUGGCGGAAGCUCGACUCUGUGGAAAGCUUUAGUUUUCAUACAAUAGUUCAAACAGACUGUGUUGAAUGCCUGAAUAGUCAACAACUUUGUUUUUAUAGCAGUUUUUCUCUCCUGUGAAAAUUUUGCACGAGCGUACAAUGCCAGUUGGCUCGCGAAUGUAUGAGUAAUGAGGAGUAUAAUGAUAAAAAAAAAGAGUUGUAUCGGUGAAAUUUAAUUGUUAACUGCGCAUCGUCAGCAGUUAACAAGUUCAAGGGGAAAAAUUGUAACGCCUAUACAUAUCUUGGACGAGCACUAGCUGAGCGACUAACGCGCUUGUAAGACGUUAUCAUUGUAUGUGUUAAUUAGCCUUUUCGAUAUGUAUAAGCGUAUUUCUACACUAAUUUUUUGAAAUCCGAGGGGCGGGGGGGGGGGGGGGGGUAAGGCUCGCGUAGACGACUACAUCGGAAUUAACCGAGAGGGAUGUAUUUUUUUACAUUUCACUGAUUAUAACUGUGUGCAUACAGUAUGAAGAUCUGCGAUGUGUGAGGCGUAAUUGAAAAGUGUCGUGUGAAAAACAAAUGCUACGUCUGAGGGGGGAAGAGUACGCGGAGGGAAAGAGACAUUCAAACAACUUAUUUUCCUAGUCAUCAGAGACAAUAUAAGCUAUAAGAAGGUCGUGCCACUGACUCUGUAUAUUUACAUGCGUGUAUAAAUUAGCACAAAGGAUGCGGUUGAAUCGAUAUGCGAUAAUAUGCGCGCGAUCCAAAAUACAUAAAAUACAAAUGUCUAUGAAAUAAAUAUAUUUAACGUGAAA